GGGCGUUUUCCUCUUCUUAAACCCUUUCACUUCUUCUCCUUCCCUUUGCUGCGGCCUUCUGAGGUCUCGACGGAGAAGAAACCCCAGCUUCGUUUUCCGAUGGCGAAGAACGCUAGCGAGAAGGCCGAUGCAAAAAAGAAGAACAAGAAGAGGAAGAGCUCCAGCAAGAAGCUGCUCCUCGCGCCCCACUCGGUGGUGAUGAAGGCGAGCGCCGCAAAGGCCAACCCGUUCGAGAGCAUCUGGACGCGGCGGAAGUUCGAUGUCCUCGGGAAGAAGCGGAAGGGCGAGGAGAUUCGCAUGGGUUCAUCUCGAUCUAAGGCAGUCAAGAAGCGGAAGGAAACUCUUCUGGCAGAAUACCAACAAAGUGCCAAGUCAUCUAAGUUUUUGGAUAGGCGUAUAGGAGAGAAGGAUGUUACUCUUGAAGAGAUGGACAAAUCCAUACUGCGCUUUCAGAGGGAGCGGCUGAUCAAAAUGAAAAGAAAAAGCAAAUACAAUUUGUCUGAUGCUGAGGAUGAUGAAUAUGCAACUGAUAUGGCUGGUUCCUUUUCAAAUUUGGAUGAUUUUAAGGAUGAUAUUUCUCUAGAUGAAGACGAUGACAAAAAUGAGAAAAACAUGUUUGAUGAUGAUAGCUUGGCUAUCAGACAGGAAGGAGAUGGUCUGCAUGACCGUGGACCAGUGCCAAAUGAGGAAAAUAGGCAAAAAACAAAGAAGGAAGUCAUGGAGGAGAUUAUCUUGAAAAGCAAAUUUCAUAAGGCACAAAAGGCAAAGGAUAAAGAAGAGGAUGAACAAUUAAUGAAUCAACUGGACAAUGACUUUAUAUCCUUGGCGCAAUCAGAGGUUAUCCAUUCGUUGAUUCAGCCUAGCAAGAUGAAUGCUGUAAAAGCUCUUUUGAAUGAGAAGUCAAGGAGAGAGGCAGGAAAAAGGGGUCUUCCAGCUGUUGAUGAAGAAACUUUGCAGGAUCGGCCUGAUGCGUAUGACAGACUUGUGAAAGAAAUGGUAAUGGAUGUUCGUGCUCGGCCAUCUGAUAGGACGAAGACACCAGAGGAGAUAGCACAAGAAGAGCGAACACGUCUUGAAGAAUUAGAGGAAGAGCGAAAGAAAAGGAUGCUUGCAACAGAAGAAUCUGAUGAUGACGGCAGUGACAGUGAAAGAGAAGCCAAAAACUUGCCAUUGGACAAACCAAAGUGGAUUUCUGGUGAGGACCUGGGAGAUUCCUUCGAUUUGGAUGAAGAAGCUGCAGGCAAAGGGUGGGUUGAUGAAGUACUUGGAAGGGGCGAAGCACAUGAUACCAGCAGUGCGGAAGAAGCAUCUUCAGAAGCAUCAAGUGAGCAAUUUGAUAGUGAUUCAGAGCAACAAUUUGAAUCUGCAAAGGAUUGGGAGCAGAGUGAUGACGAACUUUUUGACACUGGCAAGGAAGGAGAUGAUAUUCGUGUGGAAGACUUACAUGAGGAAGUGAAAGACAAGAAACAGUUAAAACUUGAGCAUCAGAAAGAAGAAUCUCAUGAUGAACAGAAGAAACCCAAGAGUAAAGCUGCUGGAGAUGGUCAACCACCUCUACUCCCAGAGGGUGGUUCUCUUCCUUUUAUAAUUGAAGCUCCAGCUGACCUGAAGCAGUUAUGCUCUUUAUUAGAUGGUCGAUCAGAUUCAGAAACAGUGGAAGCCAUCAAUCGUAUUAGGAAAUGCAAUGCAAUUAGCCUUGCAGCAGAGAACCGCAGAAAGAUGCAAGUGUUUUAUGGUGUCCUAUUGCAAUACUUCGCUGUUUUGGCAAAUCAAAAGCCAGUGAACUUCAAAAGAAUAGAUUUGCUGGUCAAACCGUUAGUGGAAAUGAGCUCUGAGACGCCAUAUUUUGCAGCAAUUUGUGCAAGAGAGAGGCUAAUUCACAUGAGAAACCAGCUUUGCAAUGAUCUAAAAGACCCAGAGUGUAGCAUGUGGCCAUCUUUGAAGACUUUGUUACUGUUACGUCUGUGGUCAAUCAUCUACCCAUGUUCUGAUUACCGCCAUGUUGUGAUGACACCUGCAGUCCUCUUGAUGUGCGAGUAUCUCAUGCGUUGUCCAAUAGUGACAGGGCGAGAUAUUGCUGUUGGAUUAGUCUUGUGCUCUCUUCUCCUUUGUGUUUGCAGGCAAUCAAGGAAGCUGUGUCCUGAGGCAAUCAAUUUUCUGAAAAAUCUGCUGAUGGCAGCUUCUGCAAGCAGGAUGGGACCAAAUAAUGGCAUUUCCUUACAUGGUAACUCUAUGAUGGAACCAUUGAUAAGGACACCAUGGCUUCAUCUUUCUGACACUGUAACUGACCUACGUCCUCUGGAUCUCAUUACACUUAUGGACUUGCCUGCUGAAUCAUCUUAUUUCAGUUCUGAUAGUUUUAGAGCUGGUGCACUCUUCUCCAUGACGGAGACUUUGAGGGGAUUUGUUCACAUUUAUGAUGGCAUCAGCUCUUUUCCUGAAUUGUUUGGUCCAGUUCGUAGUUUACUAAGUGAAGUUUCAGGGCAAGAAAAGCUACCAGAAUUAUUGCGAAAAAAAAUGAUUGAGCUUGCUGAUAUGAUAAGUAAGAAAUCAGAUGAGCUUCUGAUGCUUCGGCAACCAGUUCAGAUGAGAAAGCAAAGGCCUGUGCCAAUUAAGCAAUUCAAUCCUAAAUUUGAGGAGAACUAUGUGAAGGGUAGAGAUUAUGACCCUGACCGUGAAAGGGCUGAGAAGAAGAAGUUCCUUCGGCAGCUAAAGCGAGAAUCUAGAGGUGCUGCUCGAGAACUACGUAAAGACAAUCAGUUUUUAGCUGCUGUGAAGGACAGGGAAAGGGCGUUACUGAAGGAGGAAAGAGCUGAGAAAUAUAAUAAAGCAAGAGCAUUCUUGGAAGAGCAAGAGCAUGCUUUCAAGUCAGGGCAACUGGGGAAGGGCAGGAAAAGGCGGAAAUAGAUAGUUAUUUUGAAUUUAUUUGCAAUCUUGGUUUCUUCUUGGUGCAACUCAAAAUUGAGGUUCAGUCUCGGUGCUUGUGCUUGCUACUGCUGCGGUUAAUUCAGCUUUCACUCUGGUGAUGUUUUGUGUGGCACUGGUCAUUCCACUGUUUCAUCAGACAGAAGAAUCCGUAAAUUUAUCUAUUGACUGCAGACGAGAUGACCAAAGGUGCAGAUGGGCAGGAGAGUGGGUCGGGCAUUGAAAGAUACGAUCUGUUGUACUGCGGUGAGCCUGCUCAUCUUGGUUAUAAGGAAUCAUGUAAUGCCUUGGAAAGUCUCUUCACUGCAAUCAGCAUCUUAACUUUGUCGGGUCUGAAGUAAAAUAUUUGCUUCUUUAAACAUUGCUCAUCUUUAUUCUAGAGAGCUCUUUCCAUCUGCAUGUCCCGGCUGCUCUAUAAGUGUCUUGAUGAUGCAAUCUUUUUUUUUUUUUUGGGGUGUUUCUUUUGUUCAUAUCCCCGUUUUAUAUUUCCACCAAACACUAUACCCAAGGGUUUUAAUAUAUCAAGGAUUAGAUAUUACAGGCUUUGCAA